GGUGCAGGUCCGUCUUUGCCGGCAUCACAUCAGUGUCUAGCGCUCGCGGAGAGUAGAGCCGCCGGCUACGCGCGGCCAACUCGCCCUAAGUAGUUCUCCACGAUAUAUUGCCACCCGCAAACGAAAGUGAGAGAUAAAGGGACGUGUUCUUGUGAGGAACGCCCUCGAUCAGCAUGCGCAGCGAAACGCUGAACUAGUUCGAGGCUUCUAUACAUCUAGUUCAAGUUGAUUUGGAGUAUAGUAUACAGCUCGCCGACGUGGAGCAUUGAUCGCCACAAAGUGAAUCGAACGAAUAAGCAGGUGGACGCGUUCGCGCUGUGCUCUUGCAGAAUCUGCUGAUGUUCAUAAAGUUCGGCUACACGAUGAUGAUCAUCACGCUCAUACUGAUGUUCUGGACGUCGGUGGUCCGGAUGCACGAGCUGCCCGUUCAGUACCCGCCCUGUUUCUUCAAUCCGCUCUGCACGUGCUCCAAGGUGAUACCCGAUCUCGGCAUCGUCACCUGUUUCAACGUACCGAUGCCCAGAAUACCUCAUCCCAUCAAUUCCUCCAAGGUAUUCAUGCUCCAGCUCGAGAAUAACGGUCUGCGCUCGAUAAAGCCGCAAUUUCUCAUGAAUACCGGUCUGUACAAGCUGCAGAUCAAGCAUAAUCCCCUAUCGGAUAUACCGGACGAGGCGUUCCUAGGGCUUGAAAGAUCGUUGUGGGAGCUUGAACUACCCUACAACCGUCUCGUGAGAGUGCCCAGCAAAUCGUUCCGGCACCUACAGAAGCUGCGGCUUCUUGAUCUAACAGGUAACCAGAUUUCGCACAUUGCCGCCGACAAUUGGCGCGGUCUGGAGAACUCCUUACAGACUUUGAUGAUGGGCAGAAACUCCAUCGACAGACUGCCAGCCGAUGCGUUCGCUGGCUUGGCUUACUUGGAAUACCUCGAUUUGCGCGAGAACAGCCUGAAAGAUAUCGACCCUUCUGUCUUCCGUGACGGCAUGGCUCACUUGACUCAAUUGUAUCUCAACGACAACCAGCUCAACAGCAUACCUUACAACCAAUUGUCGGCUUUGAAGCGCAUGAGAGUUCUGGAUCUCAGCUACAAUCGCAUCUCGAAGAUGAUACAUUCGCAAAUGGAAUCGGAAAUUAGAGGUGUCCACAUGUCCUUGGACGUGCUAAGACUUGAUUACAAUCAAAUCGAUUCUCUGCACCCGGGAUCUUUUCAGCACUUCCAGAAAGUAAACAGGACUUAUCUGAAUGGAAAUCCUAUUAUGACGAUCGAGCAAGGAGCAUUCAAAGACUCAAGGAUUCGAGAGCUUUACUUGACCGAUUGCGAUCUCUACGAAGUCGAUUCGCCAGACUUCAUGGGUCUAGAAUCUUCCCUAGAACUCUUGGAUCUCUCUGGCAACAAUCUAACGUCCUUGCCAAAUCACGUGUUUCAAGAGUACGAUUUCUUGCGCACUCUGAUCUUCCGUGAAAAUCGCAUCAGUACCUUCAAUCCAAUUUUGAAUUUUUCUGCAGCUGAAGUUUUUAACGGCUUUCAAUACUCGUUGUACACUCUGGAUUUAAGCGGAAAGCAGAACGGCAUGAUUUCGCUUCAGGAUUUGCGCCAGAUGCGAAAUUUGCGAUUCCUGGCGAUAUCGAGGAUGCCAGGGUCGACCCUGUCGCCAGAAGAUUUUCUCGAGUUUGGAAUGGACAUCAAAGAGCUUAGAAUAGUAAAAAGCAAUCUGCAAACUAUUAAAAACCAUGCUUUCAGACACGUCAGAGGAAUCAAAUAUCUAGAUUUUUCGGAAAAUGCUAUUUCGUCCAUUGAGGAUGAUGCCUUUUCAGAGGUUGGAAAUUCUUUGAUAAGUUUGAAAAUUGCACACGGUCUGUCAUCGUCAGUUAGUGAAUUGCCAAAUAAACCCUUUAAAUCUCUAACAAAUUUGCAACUUAUGGACUUCAGCAAUAACCGGAUUCGAUCUAUGCCAGAAACGUCUUUUCAUUUUCUGAAGAGAAUAAGACGUAUAGAAUUGCAAGAUAAUGAAAUUGAUUCUAUCAAAAAGGGAACUUUUCAGGGCGACAUACAUUCAGCUUUGGAGGAAGUAAACUUCGGCUACAACAAAAUUGGCAGCUUAGCUACGCAUACCUUCGUUGAUUUGCAUAUGAUGAGCACUAUAAAUCUUGAAGAUAAUUCUAUAAGUAACAUUGAACGUCGCGCAUUCAUGAAUAUGAAUCGUUUGAAAUACAUCAACUUAAGGGGAAAUAAAAUUAAGAACAUUCAGGAUGAAGCUUUCCAGAAUUUGCCUGACUUGGAAUUUUUGGAUCUAGCAUACAAUGAUUUGUUCGAGUUUGACUUUGCAUCCUUUGAUCAAGUCGGUACACUGUCAUCAUUCAAAGUUAACGCGAGUCACAACGAGAUUCACCGGUUAUCAAUCAACAGCUCUUCUGCAGCAUCCUCAUCAACAAAUAACAUGGGUGGAAUGAUGCAAUCCAACAUCAAAGUGCUGGACUUUAGCUUCAACAAUAUCACAGAAAUAAUGCGUUACUACUUUAAGCCUGUCGAGUACUCCUUGACUCACUUGUAUCUCUCGCAUAACGAGCUGAACAAUGUGACUCAAGGCGUAUUCGGGAACAUGCCGCAUCUCCAGUGGCUCGACCUUAGCUACAACGAUCUCAUGGAAAUCGACUUCGAUUGCUUCAGGGAGACGAAGAAUCUACAAGUACUCAAAUUUUCUCAUAAUAAUAUCAUGGACAUACCAGCUGAGUCAUUUAGACCUUUGAAGAAAUUACGUAUCGUCGACUUGUCGCACAACAGACUUCGAACUCUUGCCGAUAAUUUGUUUAUGGAUGCAAGUAUCGAGAGUCUCGAUCUAUCCCAUAAUCAGUUUAUGAGACUUCCGAUUAAGACAAUGUCGAUGACGGCUGCUGCCAGUCUUUCCAUACUGGAUUUGUCUUGGAAUUUCUUAUCCGGAGUGCAUAACACAGACGCUAUUUUUAGAAUGAAGGGUUUGACCUGGCUUGAUUUGUCCUACAAUCGACUCGUCAGGCUUGACGACGGCGUUUUCUCUGAUUUGCCACAGUUAUCGUAUCUUGAUUUGAGUCACAACAAACAACUUAUACUUGAGCCACGAGGAAGAACUUUCCAUGGUUUAGAGGAUUCUCUACUAUUUCUUGGAUUGAGCAACAUUUCUUUACUGUCGGUUCCGGAGCUUCCAUUCCAUCGACUGCAAAGGCUUCACCUGGCACAGAAUGAGCUGGCAUCGGUACCCGCGGAGAUGGCGUCGAACUUGACGAGUCUUCAUUUACUGGACUUGAGUCACAACGAUCUGACCGUCGUUCCACUUAUUACUCAUGCUUUGCCGAACUUGCGGAUGUUUAACAUCGCCUACAAUCCUAUUACGAUAAUCACGAACACGAGUUUUCUCGGAAUUGCGGAUACUCUCGAACUGCUAGAUAUACGCCGUCUUUCGCUUUCUACUUUUGAGGCUGGAGCUUUGUGCAAAGCUACUAAACUUAGAAGCCUAUUAUGUACUGCUUACACUGGAGUUAAAAACUUCAAUUUCCCGAAUCUUCUGGAGUAUAACCAUGGUCUGAGGCACUUGUUCAUUGAUGUACAAAACGAGACAAACCUGGAGAAAGAAAUGAAGGGCCGUUUCCCUGUGAAACUCUACAAUUUCACGUUCAGCGGUCGAGCAUUGAAAAACAUCCACUCGGAAGUCUUACAUGGGAUGAGAAACCCCCACCUGCACUUCAGCUUGUACAACACGAGUGUCAGCAACGUGCCAUCGGAAAUGUUCAAACACGCGGAGCUCGUGAGGAACGUGACGAUAGAGCUUCGGGACAACGAGAUUCGGACUUUGCACAAUCCCUCAGAUGGCUACAAGCCUGGGGUGCCAGGAAAGCGGUUUUUGCUGAGGCUUCGAAUGCGAGGCAGUCACAUGAAUUGCGAUUGCGAUAUUGGCUGGAUCGAAAUGUGGCAAAGAAAGCAUAGACAGUAUCAAGAGGAUCGCUGCAAUUCUCAUACGGAAUUGAACAAUUACGAGCGAGAAGAAGGAAGCGAGUACGACUGCUGGGACAACGGCUGGGACGACGAUCUACGCGAAAGCUUUUGCGUCAACAAGAACAAUGUGUCCGUUGCGGAGUCCCUCAAGUCUGAUCUCGAGUGUGGCUGGUCUGCAGCCUACUCGCCUCACUUGUCUAAAAUCAUCGUGUUCUCGAUUCUUUUUGCAAUGUUUGCAGCAGCGUACUAAAGGAGAUGAGAGAUUGAUUUUUGUUUUUCUAUUUUCAGAAUCUUUCGGAAUGAGAGAUUUACUCUUUAAAUCGAACGUUCGCUUGGUAUGUGGAUACAAACUGUUAAAUGGCAAUGAAAAAUCAAAUCAAAAAAUAGAGUUUUAAAUGUCUGGUUAAGAUUUAAAAACAGUUUGUUAAAUUGAAAAAGUCAAAAUUACACAAAAAACUUUGUCAAGAUCACAAAUUGGAGGAUUCAAUAAUGAGUAUUUUUCAAAAAAAAUACUUCACUGAUUAUUCAAUAAUAGUUCAUCAGAUUUUUUAUAAAAUGAAGCAUUUUGAUUUGCAAACAAAAUCUGCUCAAUUAAUCAUAGUUAUUCUAUCAACACGAGAAAGAGGCAAUAUAUAAUAACUAUAUAUCUACAUAUAUAGUUACUGUAUACUACUGUACUGUAGAAUCUAUAAUUAAUUUUAAAAAAUUAAUUAAGUUAAAUGGAUAAUCUUUAUUUGAAAACUGUUGGGGUAAAUUAAACUUAUUCCAACUUUAAACUGCGCAUCUAAAUAAUUAUGAUUAUUAUUUAUAGUUUGAUCGUGAAAACUAGUGAAUGACGAAGAAUUGCAGCCGUUACCGUUGCUUAUCAAAAACUUAUAAAGUUGACCUUUGAAUUCAUUGAAGGUUUCGCGCAUUUGUACCUUUAAAAAACUUUUUAUGUAUUUUCGUAAAUAAAAUUUUGUAUUACUUUAUGAAUUAAAUUUUUACCAUCAUAAUCAUCGUCAUCUUCUAAGCUUAUGAGAAUAUUUUAGAUGUGCACGUAGCAAUAGAUGAUAGGUUUAUAAUUGCAAAUAGAGAUUUAUUUUUAGAGUUGAUAAUAUUGUAUUUUUGUUUUAUCAGUGCACAUGACUGUACUGGGGUUGAAAAUCGAAAAUUUCCUUUCGCAGUUUUUUCACUUUACAAAACCUGAUUUAUAACAGAAUCCUUCGGUCUCUAUGACAUGAAAUAAAUGUAAAAUCGCUUGUCUACAAAGAGUUACAUCAGUCAUAAAACACACUUUUGUUUGCCGCAAAGCAAAGAGGCUUACUUAAGCAGUGGCAUACAAAGCGAGCCUGACUGAUGACUAACGAAGUUAUAGAGAUCACGUCAAUUUAUAUUUCUUUGAUACAUUAAAUUUAUCUACCGAAUUAAAAAAUGAAUGUUUUCUAUUAAAAAUAAACAACAACAAUUAAAAAUAUUCAUUAGGGCAUCUGAAUUUUAACGCUGUAUGAUAAUUUAAAGAAAAAAAUAUGUAUAAUAGGUGCUUUUCAUAGUAUUUACUUCGCAUGUAUGCAUAACAUUUGAACAUUUUAAAAGUGCAUAAAUAAUUGCAAGAGUACAAUAUUUUAUCUCUUUGACAUUGUUCAAGAGUAAAUAAUUGCAUUUAACAUUUUAUCUUUUUUAACCUUAUGAUUUGUUUACAAUAAUACAGGUUCUUUUGCACAGGCGCAAUAACACAACACAUUAUCGUAGAUAAGGAAAUACAUUUUCGUUGAUAUAAUGUAUAUUAUAACUAUUUUUAGUUUUUAACUGUUUCUUAUUCAAUGACUUCUUUUAUUUCCUUCUGGCAGCUGGAUUGUAUUUUUUCAAAUAUUUAUGCUCUUAUAUAUAAACUUAAAAGUAUAUAUAUAUAUAUAUAUAUAUAUAUAUAUAUAUAUAUAUAUAUAUAUAUAUAUAUAUAUAUAUAAGUAUAUAUAUAUAUGUAUAAUAAAAAUAAUUCUUAUAAAUAUAUAAUAUGUCCAUAUCGUGCAUUUAUGAGAAUAAAAUAUUAUUGCAAGCGUAUUUAAAGUACUCAGAUAAACUAAAUUUCUAUGAGACAGUUCUUUAUUUAGGUAUUUCAAUAUCAAGUGAACCAAAAAUGCCUUGCAGUAAAAUCAAAUUGUCUGAUUCAUUCUCUUUUAUAUCAAAAUAUAUGUAUAGUCAUAAAUGUACGCCGUUUGGAUAUAAGUUACGUAAGUUACUAAAAUUUGGAAUAACAUAAAGAGUUUGAGUUACUUUUGUAACACUUUAGUAUAUAUAGUAACGAGUGAUCAUAUAAGUUGUUUAUAUAACUUACAUUUUGUAAUUACAAUCCCACUAUGUAAUAAUAUGAUAGAAAAAUGUAAGAAAUUAAUCUGUCGAUCAUAAUCAUAAUUAUAAUUUCAUUUCUAUACAUAAGUAUAAUUAUACUUAUGUAUAAUUAGUCUCUGAGACAAAAUGAUUAAUUUCUGUACGAAGCGACCAAUGCAAAACUAUUAUAACUAUGAAAAAACAGGUAGUAUAUUACUAAAUUACUACUUGUUGAUCAAAGAGAUGAUUGUAAGUAAAUUAUAAAUCGAUAUGUAAUAAAUAAAAUGAACCACCUAAUUUUGUAAAUGAAA